AUGCACAUGAGAGGAACAACAUUCACUUCAUAUAAAGACUCGUUCCUGUACUUAGUCUAUCUGUGUAGCGUAUUCUCGACCGUGAAAGACUUAAUAGAGUUGCGACUAGUCGUAUCGUUACGCAUUGAUUUUCUACAAGCAUCAAGUACUAUCAUUGGAUCUUACAUCAAUGCUAACGAACAGAAGCAUCAAUCCAUAUUGAAAUCUAUCGUUCGUUCAUUUUCUGAUGCAUUGAUGGGCAAUCAAGAGUCAUCUAUGGUUUCAUCACCGUUUGGCUAUGAUCCAUUCGUUUCGUUGAGCAAGAACAAUUUCUCCGAUGAAGAAUUUGAACGUUGUUUUCGAUAUUUCGAUUCGCUCAAGCAAGGCACGUGGACUCGCGAAGAUUUCCAUCGGUUUCUCAACGCACUCUUUUCUAAUAAACAACGGCCCUAUUGUAUAUUGAGUGAUUUAGUUGAACAAUACUUUCGCGAAACGGAUUUUAAUCAGGAUGAAAAAAUCGAUUUCGAUGAAUUUCUUCAAGCAUGGAAAAAACCAGUCAAAUGUGCUGUUAAACCUAUCAGUGCAUUAGUUAUUGUGGACGUACAAAAUGAUUUUAUUUCGGGAACGUUGGCUCUUCAUUCGUGUCCUGCGAAUCAACAAGGUGAAGAAGUCGUUCCUAUCAUAAAUCGCGUUCUUCAUGAUGUCAAGUUUGAUGUCGUUGCAUACACCUAUGAUUGGCAUCCAGCAAACCAUAUAUCUUUCUAUGAGAAUCGUUUUCUCAGAGCCACAGCACCGGAAAGUCCUGUUACAGCCGAGAAAGCACGUGUUCUCGAUAUGAUUAUAUUUAUUGGAUCAAAUGAUCUAGCGAAACGUAUUGAGCAAAUCCUUUGGCCAGCACACUGCGUACAACAAAGUCAAGGCGCUGAACUACAUCGUGAUUUGGUUCGUCAUGAAAACGCCAUACAUGUCUACAAAGGAACUAAUCCAGAAAUCGAUUCGUACUCGGCAUUUUGGGAUAAUAUGAAACUCAGUAAAACAACUUUAGAUGAUCAAUUGAGAGAACGUUUCGUAACCGACGUGUACGUCGUUGGUUUGGCUACAGAUGUUUGCGUUGCAUCGACAGCAAUGCAUGCAAUAGAGAAUAAUUACCGAACUGCGUUAGUCGAAGAUGCGUGUCGUGGUGUUAAUGAGAAAGAAAUUGAAUGCAAACGAACGGUAUUGACUAAAAACGGAUGUAUUUUUGUUGAAUCAAAUGUUUUACCCGGAAUGGUCUCCGGUGAAGAUCGACGACCUGAAAUGGCCCGUCGAAUGUUUGUUGAAAAUCUCAAAUCAAUCGGUCGUUAUAAAACCUCUCUAACUUCUUGA